CGUAUAAAGAACCGCCCACCUGGUGCAGCAGCACAGGUGCUUAAAACGAACCCACCGAUAGUUCACUUUAUACAACUGGUUGGUUUGCUGGAUGCUCCGGCCGGUGAGACAGUCAAAUUAAACUACAAUUUGGUUUUUGCUAAACGUUGGACGUCAGCCAUUCUGAAAACACCUCAGGUGAAUAAAUACCCUACCGACAAUGUUAGCCGGUGUUAUUCACAACAUCGCCUGACAUCGUGUGUAUGUCACUCCGUGAUAUUUUAUGGUUGUCCAGUCAACAAGUAACACGUGCAUUGUAUUUCUGAUCUAAUCUGUGCUGGAUUAUUGUGUUGCUAGCAAGAUGCAGCAUCAGGGCUGGUUUUCUGCUAUCGUGGUUUUUUUAAACACAGGAUUUUAACAUUUUAUCGACUCGCUUUUUACGCUAAAUACUGCUGACAUUUAUGCUAGCAGCAGCACCGCUCUGCCCCUGUCUCAUCACGACAUGCUAGCACCUCAUUAGCAUCCCCGCUGUGUGGAUAUUUCACUACCGUUGGGCUAACGUUUGCUAGCCGUCGAGCUAGCCGGGGCUACAUUGCCACAACAAUGGACGACUCUGGCAUCAAGAAGCAGAACUGGGACGUGAAGGAGACGGAGUUAUUCCUGGAGAUCCUCAAGGAGCUGGACAUGAAGAAAUGCUUGGACGGAAGGAAAGUGAGGAAUAACAAGCUGUUCAAGGUGGCACACCGGAGAAUGACAGCGGCCGGUUACCACAGAUCCGUGGACCAAUUGAAGUUUCGCUGGAAACUUCUCAAAAGUGCGUAUUACAAGUGUAAAAGAGAGCCCGACUCUCCGGCACCGACCAAAAUACAGGGCUGGUGGCGUUAUGAAAAGACGAUGAUAGCCAUCAUGGAGUCCAGACACCCCUUGGUCGGAGCCGGAGUUAACUCUGACAGGAACGAUGAAGUGACGGAGGACUCGGACGGAGACGCGUCGAUGCUGCACUGGCCGCAGCCCUGCCCGGACAAUUCCACCCAGAACCUGGGUUUAAUUAUCAAAAUGGACCCUGAGGUGGACUCGCAGCCGAAUAUUGGUUUCAUUGGUGCAGGGAACAUGGCCUUCGGCAUUGCAAAGGGCAUGUUGUCUGGAGAUGUUCCUCCUGUAAACCUCAAAGUGAGCGCACCAUCCUCCAGGAACCUGGGCCGCUUUCAGGAGCUCGGGAUUGCCGUCACUCACUCCAACAUAGAGGUGGUCUGCGGGUCAGACGUGGUUUUUGUAGCAGUCAAACCUCACCUGGUUCCACCAGUUCUCAGUGAGAUUUCCCUCCACGUCACUCACCGACACAUUAUUGUGUCUGUAGCGGCAGGAGUAACGCUGGCAACGUUGGAGGAGCUCCUGCCAGAGAAUUCAGUUGUCAUCAGGCUUAUGCCGAAUCUCCCGUGUUUGGUUCAGGAAGGGGCUCUCCUGUUUUCUCGGGGAUCCCAUGCAAGGCCGGAGGACGGAGCUCUGCUUCACUCUUUGUUGCACCGCUGUGGUUUGGUGGAGGAGGGACCCGAGGCCUGGAUCGACAUCCACACCGGACUUAGCGGGAGCGGAGUCGCUUUUGUGUAUCUGUUUGCUGAAGCGCUGGCAGAAGGAGCUGUUAAAAUGGGAAUGCCAAGUGCUCUGGCACACAGCAUCGCAUCCCAAACCGUUCUGGGUGCUGGGAGAUUGUUACGCGAGUCCGGGAAGCAUCCAGCGCAGCUACGCGCUGAGGUCUGCACCCCGGGAGGAACAACCAUCUACGGGCUUCACACCCUGGAACAGGGCGGUGUGAGAGCAGCCACCAUGAGCGCCGUGGAAUCUGCCACCGAGAGAGCCAGGGAGCUCGGCCAAAAGUCGGCAGCAGGAUCCAGGAAAUGACAGCUGCCGUUUGCCUUUUUCAUAACUACUCAAUGGACUUAAUUCAAGCUUUACAACACGCUGACUUUUAGGUUCAAGGUCCCCACAGAGACAAAGCAGGACUGGUCACUUUUUUUUUUUUUUUUUUUUUUUUUUUUUUUUGGAUUUCACUUUCUCCACUUUAUUCUCCGUCUUUUCAUCUUUCAUGUCUUUGAGGAGAGGGAUUUGUUGUGAACAAAAAGGAAAUGUUGGCUCAAUCUUUGACACUGACAAGUAAAUUAUUUGAACAUGACCUUGUGGUUUUCUUUUGAGAGAAUUGGCUACUUUCACAUGCACAUCAAUAAUCUAAUAUCUAAUGCUAGUAAGGUGGGACCAGAAUAAGAUUUCUGUUGUGGAUGAUAUGGUAAUCACAAUUAGAUGAACUGUACCACAUUUAUUGAAGGCCAUGUUGUCCUGUGAGUUUGAACACUGACGUCGUAGAGAGUCUCGUGAACUUUAUCAAACUGUACUCUCUAGCUUUCACAGUCCAAGAAGCAACUUUUCUCGUAAUGCCUUACUAGCCAUGGUUGGAUUAUGUGCAUGUGAUGUGGAGUACAGAAUGAAGGUAAUAUGUGUGAAUGUAUUUAGUUAUAUAAAAAAAUAGUUUGUCAAAUGAAGUGUGCAGUAAACCUAAAUUUGGGGUGAUUGAAGACUGACUGGGUGUGCAGCUGUCCCAGGCGUAGUUAACAUCUACUUGCUGGCUUUGUGUAUAACACAGUGUUGAGAUAAAUAGUCAUGAUGCAUGAUUCCACGUAUGUUCAAUGGGUUUUCAUAAAGUGUCCUGUGAAUCAGCUCCCAUCGUGUGGUACCUUAGUCUGAGUUAAGUUGAGGUCUUGCAAUCAGAAAGCGGUGGAUGUGUGUGAUGAAUGUAUCUGGAACCCGUUUGAUGGUGGAUUAAGUAAUUUUUCAAGCAAAAAGAACACGAGUUUGCGGUCUCGUGCUUCUCAAUGGUUGUGAUUUUCUGCUUUUCUCAGUUUUAUAUCAUAAA